UCUCCAGCGGCCGUGUGGACUCUUCGAUUAUAUCCUCUGUGUCCUUUGGCAACGGCGCGUGCGGGGUAGCUACAAUCUGUCCCAGAUUCUCAGCCUUUCUUUAUGCCCUCGAGCUGGACUGCCUGUGAGUUGCGCGUCAAAGAAGCUAGGUCGAUAAAGACAACGAAGAAUAAGAGAAUGUUUGUCGUAUCAAACUGGUGGCGGGGGAAAAUAAUUGCGAAAAUGCGAAAUAUAAAAGUGACAAUUAACUGCUUUUAUUUUUGCAAUUAAAACCCGAAAAUGAGAAGAGAAAUAAAAGAACAGAAACGGGCAGGUUCAAGUAGGAAAUCGGGAUUGAAAGAAAAGGUGAUUCGCGCUUUUUAUGCUUUUUUCACCAGCCAAACUCAAUAAUCAGAUCAGCCCUGCGUGCCCUCCUCAGCUUCUAUAGCCCUGAGGUUGAGAGACAUCAUUUUAAACCAGACAAAGAACAAAAAGUAUAACAAGCAUAAUAUUAAGAACAAAAAAUUAGAACAAAA